GGCUGCCAGGAAAAAGGCAUUUGGUUUGACCCAUCUCCUGCCGUUGCAUUUGCUUUACUCAACUCAACUGUAGUACAAUACAUACAGAUCUGGAUUCCAGCUACAGCUUUGUCGGUGACUCCAAAGCUUCACUGAACUCAGCCCCACAAGGCCAUGGCCGCAGCUCACUCUUCUUCUUCUUCUUCACUGCCCCUUGUUCUGUUUGCCAGGCUCUCAGCUUCCAUAGUUGCAACUCUUGUCAUCAUUUGGGCUCUGGCCUUUAAGACCAGCUUCCUCCCUAACUCCCCCUCCCAAGAAGACCUCAUCUAUGCUGUGCUUCAUCCUUUGCUGAUGGUGAUUGGGUUUAUUCUCAUCAGUGGAGAAGCCAUUUUGGUGCACAGAUGGUUGCCUGGCUCAAGGAAUUUGAAGAAAUCAGUGCAUUUGUGGCUGCAAGGAGUGGCUCUGGCUUCUGGGAUUUUUGGGAUUUGGACCAAAUUCCAUGUUAAUGAUGGGAUUGUGGCUAAUUUCUUUAGUCUUCAUUCAUGGAUGGGUCUGGUCUGUGUCUUCUUGUUUGCUGCUCAGUGGCUGAUAGGCUUCUGGAGCUUCUGGCACAGAGGGGAAGCUCGGCCGAUACGCCUGCGGAUCCUGCCGUGGCACGUGUUCCUGGGCCUCUACACAUACGGCUUAGCGGUGGUGACGGCGGAAACCGGGCUGCUAGAGAAGCUGACACUGCUGCAAACAAAGAGGGAGGUGUUGAAGCACACCACAGAGUCCAUGGUUGUGAAUGGUUUGGGGCUGGGGUUGGCUCUGCUGAGCGGAAUGGUGAUAUUAGCUGCAGUUUCACCUAAGCACCACCAGCCCUCCAAUGCUGCUAGAAUCAUCUUCUCAAACAAAAAGCAUUCAUCUUCUUAGUUUAAUUUGUUUGAUUUUAACCAAUAAUCAUGUGAAAUUCACUUUUCUU